GAAUCGAGAAGAGUCAAUCCAACGUCGAAUUGCCGUGAGCUAUUUUUCUUUCACCGGCACAAGAAACAGGCGAAAGCUUCUAUCAUCCUUCAUACCUUAAUUAACCGGAGCUGUAGCACUGUAGGCGAUCCCAUCAGCUGCGGUAACAACCUGGUGAACCGCUGGUUUCGUUCUCUGCUGCUUUACGGUUACUGGUGAUCGCAGUCUUCCCGAACGAUGAUGCUGCUGCUAGAGAAGCUGAGGUCUACCGCCAUCUCAGCGUGACUCGAGUGUAUCUGCGGAAGAGUUGGAGAGGAUAAUAUCGGUGACAAAACCUGCAGUUAGCACUGGGGGACUAUAACAAUGACAUUUCCUUCAACAUUGACCGAUGAUCUCUAGGUGACAGAGACAAUGAAAUGGUGUACGUCGAACCUUUCACUCCGGAAGUGCUGAAGAGUUGUUUCAGAUUUUAUAAACAUUUGCACUACGAUACAGUCGUAUUGAAUGCGAUGGAUGAUGUUCUAUCGACAACGUUUUCGCGUACAAACGUUAGUUUCAGGUCUGAUUGGUCCGGUGCGUCAACUGUAAGCAGCGACUUCAUUGUGUACGCAUUGCCCAGUGAAGGAUUCUUCCUACUCCGUGGAUUGCUCACUCAUGAUACGGUUCAUCAACUGCUGCUUUCCUCUGUCUUUGAAUGGACCCAGGCUGAUUCAAGAAUUUCCAAUAUUGAUCCACCAUGCUGCGUCUCCGGUGAUUUGUGGCUUCCAAGCCUCAAAGAAGUCGCGAGUGGGAAGACUUGGGAACAGACUGUGAUGGGAAAACUGCGCUGGAUAACGUUUGGAUACCACUACCAAUGGUCCAACAGACGGUACGAAGAAUCUCUCAGAGGGAACAUUCCCGACGUGCUUGGUCAGGUCACCACAGAUGUUGUGAACUCGCUGCUUCUUGAACUGACCAAUGGAUCACUGGUUGAUGUGGAUGGCGCUCCGGAACUCGCGGAGGCGUGCAUUGGCUUCCACCCAGAGGCAGCAAUAAUAAAUUAUUAUCGAGCGAAAACCACCAUGGGUUUUCAUGCGGAUGAUGCGGAAUUCGCACGAAAAUCUCCCCUCGUUUCUAUCAGGUGGGUUUCCAUAACUUUUGCCAUGUUGGUUUUGCUGUGGUUUUCGCUCACUUACUCUGUCUAA